CUAACCAGUUAGCAUCUAAUACGCGACGCAAGAAGCAACUCAGUCAGUGCUGAUUAGUUUCUAUGGAGUGAAGAUGGCUCCUUUUCCCGACGAGGUGGAUGUUUUCACUGGCCCACACUGGCGAAUGAAACAGUUGGUGGGACUUUACUGUGAGAAGCUGUCACAGACCAACUUCUCCAACAACAAUGACUUCCGCUCAUUUCUUCAGUCGCUGUGUGCUACCUUCAAGGAGUUCAAGAUGCAUGAACAGAUUGAGAAUGAGUACAUCAUCGGCCUGUUGCAGCAGCGCAGCUGCAAUGUGUAUAAUGUACACUCCGACAACAAGCUCUCAGAGAUGUUGUCCCUGUUUGAGAAAGGGCUGAGAAGCGUUAAGAGUGAGAAUGAGCAGCUCAACUAUGCCCAGCAGCUGAAGGAAAGACUUGAGGCAUUCACACAGGACUUCUUACCCCAUAUGAAGGAGGAGGAAGAGGUGUUCCAGCCCAUGCUGAUGCAGUACUUCACUUAUGAGGAGCUGAAAGACAUCAAGAAGCAGGUGAUAGCGCAGCACAGUAGCCAGCAGCGAUGGGACUGUGCAGCAGAGGUGCUGAAGGGGCUCAGUCUGUGGAGCCAGGCAGAGGAGCUGCACAAGGCCUUCAAGUAUGCUGACCAUGAGAAGACUGAUGAUGAAUUGGAGAAAGAGCUGUGCUCCACCCACAUCUCCCAGCUGCCCACAGAGAUCCUGCUGCAUCUGUUCCGCUAUCUGGGCCCUGAGGACCUGUGUCACUGUGGCCAGGUGUGCUCUGCCUGGUCUGACCUGGCCAAGACCGGCUCUCUGUGGAGACACCUCUACCCUGUACGCUGGGCCAGAGGGGAUUACUAUCGCGGUCCCCCAGAUGAACUGAACCAGGAGCCGGAUGAGGAGUGGGUGAAAAGUCUGCAGGAUGAGGGCAAGGCCUACCAGGAGUGGGAUGAGGACGCAGAUGUGGAUGAGUCUGAUGCAUCUUGUGAAGACUCCUUGGCUAUAAGCGCUGCUCAGAGGGAGAAGAAGCUCCUGAAUGGAAUGAUCCAGAACCUUCUGCCAGCUGUGGGUUCCUCUGUCAGGUCCAUCGUUCUGGCCUACAGCUCUACGGUCUCCAGUAAGAUGGUGCGUCAGAUCCUCAGUCUCUGUCCUAAUCUCACCCACCUGGACCUCACUCAGACUGAUGUCACAGACUCCGCCUUUGACAGUUGGUCAUCUCUGUGGGCAUGUCUCUCUCUGGAGCACCUGGACCUUUCAGGCUGUGAGAAGAUCACUGACCGCACACUGAAGAAGCUGUCCCUGGGUCUUGGAGACCUGGCAUCUCCCACCUGCUCUGACCGACGAGCCAAGCUUCUGAAGAGCCCUCCUUCUCCCAUCAGUCUGCUGGACAAGCGCAGCCGGCAGGUCCUGAUCUUCAAGCAGUGGCCAGGGAGACUGGGCAGUGCCCCCUGCAGCCCCACCAGGGUCUGGGUCCUGGACCCCUCGGAGCUGGCUGACAUCGAGGACGCUGCAGAGUGGAACCGGCGCAGGGGAGUGUCUACCCCUAAGGUGCGGGGCUUUGUGGAGACUCAGCCAGGGGGGUUGUCGUGUUGCUGUAGGAGGGGGGGCUUCAGGACUGGCUUUAGCACCUCCUACUGGCAGCAGCAGUAUGGGCUUGGGGAGGCUGGCUGUGGCCAUUCAACCUGCUGCACUGGUGAGAUGGCCCUGAGGACUUUAGGAGGGCUGCAGUAUAAGUCUUACACCACCAGGGGCAGUGCAGGGGCAGAGUUUCGGACUAAAUGCUCCUCUGGGGGCCAGUUGUGCCUGGAGUGUGACAACAGAACUGAUCAGUCAGACGGUCGGCGCUCACUAAGGUUCCUCAGCCUGUCUGGAUGCUAUCAGGUCACAGACCUGGGCUUGAGGGCACUGUCUCAGCGUGGAGGGCUUCCUCACCUGGAGCAUCUGAACCUGUCUGGAUGUCUCCUCGUCACUGAGGUGGGGCUACAGGAGCUGGUGUCAGCCUGUCCUGCCCUCAAUGAUGAACACUUCUACUACUGCGACAACAUCAACGGUCCCCACGCUGACACGGCCAGCGGCUGCCAGAACCUGCAGUGUGGCUUCAGGGUGUGCUGCCGCUCUGGAGAGUGACCUUUGACCCAGCUCCACGACCCCCCCCCCCCCCCCCCCAUGGUUCCUCAUCUGCACUUUAAUCACCUGGGAAUAAUCCAAUCUCUGUACUUUGUAACUUAAAAUAGUUUGUAGAUAUACAAAAAUAAAUUCAUGACAUUUCCAAGUACUCCUUUAGAAAAAUAUGGGUGUUGGAUGUAUGAAGUAUCCGCAAAUGUAAAUUCUAGUUCCUUAUUUUGAGAAAGUGUUUCUUUAACAUUUUCAUUUGAGUUGCAAAAAAGCAGAUGUUAUACGUGAGCACCAAGUACUUGUUGUUUCUGUAAUGAAUUGAACCAUGUUUCACAGAAGUUGACACCAGGUAUCCUGUAGUUUCAACACCCCUGCUCCUACUUCCUUGUUUUAGAUCUCUGAUUUGUGAUUGCUGUAAGUCUUAAUUGGUUGAAGUUAGAAACAUCAGAUAAUUCAAUGUUGAGAUGUGAGUUCUCUUCACAUGAUACAUGUUGUGAGUGGUGAUGCAGAUGGUGUGUAACGUCAGUGACUUAAGAAUCUGAGGGUACUGCACAGUCCUGGAGAAUACUGAUCAUGUCACUUCUAGAGGUGGCCAGAUCACUGUUAGAAUUGCCUCAUGUUGGGCAGGCAUUUCAGGUGGUAUUUGUCUACAGGUAAUUAUUAUUUCAACCUCUAAAAUUACUCAUCUUUCUCCUUUGUGGCUGGAAACAUUGGAUUGUUGUGAUAAUAUUUUCCCUUUGUCAUUGUGUAAUGAAUCAAUGGUAAGGGCACUGAAACUCAUAAGCUCUCCCAGGGCAGAGGGUUACUUCACAAAACGAUCUCCUAGACAUGCAGUUGAAUGACAAUGGAGCAAAUUUGAGAAAUAGCAACUACUCAGAUCCACUUUGAGUGCUGGUCUUUAUACAUAGCACAACUUCUGGAGACCCAUUAUUUGCUUGUUCAAACAAUCUGCAUGAGAAGUUCUAUUGGUUAUGUACAAUUCAAAAUCAGAACAAUAAAAGUAUAUUGGAUUUAAAGUGUGAAAUAUAGUAAAAGAUUCAAACAGAUGUAUUUUGUUUAAAGUUUAUGGUAAUAUUACACUGCACAUAAGACUGGGUGUCAGAUUUGGUAGCUACACAAGUUAAUUGUGAUUUCAUAGGAAUGGUAAACAAACCCAGUGUCAUCCAGAGCUAUCACACUCAUAUGCAAAUACAAGACUAAAUGACAAUAGCAAAUCAAUAGAUUACGGUUACAUGCACAUAAUGUGAUUAUUGUGGAUAGUCAGAUUAAAAUGUUGGAACGCAGGUUAAGGUGUUUCCAUGUCCUAAUCUCAGAAAACCAGGUGUUUUAAUCUGUGUAUGCUUGCUUUGAUUUUGGGCGAUUAAGAUAAUUCUGCUUAAGUGUUUAGAUGACUAUUGCAUAAUCAGCCUACUGCCAUAAUCAGUUUAAUAUCGAAUUAUUCCUGUGCAUGUAUAUGUACUGUAGUCUAAAAGGUAGUUGUGCUCUAAACAUUUCUUCAUAAACAUACAGGUAAACAAUA